UUAAGUGUGGAUCUCUCAGCUGCCGAGGCGGGUGAUGAUGAUGGCGGAGCUGGUUCAGGGACAGGCCUCGGUGGCUCAGCCCGGAACGAAAGAUGACUUCGCAGACACGAUACGCCGGGUGCGACAGAUGGCAGCCAAGAUGGGAGGAGACCAGAUGCCCAACAUGAACAAUUCCUCUCCGGUCCUAGAUCCCUCCCUCUACGGCUUUGGAGGCCAAAAACGCUCACUAGACAAUGGAGUAGGCAACCACCUCGGAGCAAUGGUACAUCAAAGGGCUUUUACGACAGAAGACUACAAAGUGCCUGAUAAGAUGGUGGGCUUCAUCAUUGGAAAAGGAGGAGAGCAGAUCUCCAGAAUUCAACUUGAAUCGGGCUGUAAGAUCCAAAUUGCUUCAGACAGUGGAGGCAUGUUGGAUAGACCCUGUACGCUGACUGGCAGCCCAGAGAACAUCGAGCAGGCCAAGAGGCUGUUGAGUGAGAUAGUGGAGCAGUGUCGGUACGGUCCGGGCUUCCACAGUGAUAUGGACGGCAACAGUUCCAUCCAGCAGAUCCUUAUCCCUGCUAACAAAGUUGGCCUGGUCAUUGGCAAAGGAGGAGAAACCAUCAAACAGCUGCAGGAGAGAACAGGAGUGCAGAUGAUAAUGAUUCAGGAUGACCCCAUGCCCACUGGAGCAGACAAGCCUCUGAGAAUCACUGGGGAUCCACACAAAGUGCAGCAAGCCCGUGAACUUGUCGUGAAGCUCAUCCGGGACAAGGACCAGAGUGACUUCAGGGCUGGCAGAGCAGACUUUGGAUCCAAAAUUGGUGGAAGCAGUCUGGAUGUGGUUGUGCCCAGAUUUGCUGUCGGCAUCAUCAUCGGCAGGAACGGAGAAAUGAUCAAGAAGAUUCAGAACGAUGCUGGUGUCAGGAUCCAGUUCAAACAAGAUGAUGGAGUCAGUCCUGACCGUGUUGCUCAGGUGAUGGGCCAGCCUGAACACUGCCACUAUGCGAUCCACCUCAUCAAUGAACUGGUUCAAACAGCUCAGGAGCGUGAUGGAUUUGGGGGCGUAAUGGGACGUCGAGGGCGAGGAGACAGUAACAUAGGAGGCCCUAGUGGACUGCAGGAGGUGACAUAUGCAGUACCCGCUGACAAGUGCGGCCUAGUGAUUGGCAAAGGUGGAGAAACCAUCAAGAACAUCAAAGAGCAGUCUCGUGCCCAUGUGGAGCUGCAGAGAAACCCGCCACCCAACACCGACCCCAACGUGCGCAUCUUCUCCAUCCGAGGCACCCCUCAGCAGCUGGAGAAAGCCCGCCAGCUGAUCGAUGAGAGAAUUGGGGGCCCGGGAAUGGGAAGCAACAGCAACUUCGGGAUGAAUCCCUAUAACCAAGGAGCAGCCACUCCUCCUCAACAUGGUCCUCAGACGUUCAUGACUGGAGGAUGGGGCACAACCUUUCAAAUAUGGCAGCCUCAAGGCCAACAGGACCACAGUCACAAUGGAUCCCAGACGAGCCAGAUGGACUGGGAGCAGUAUUAUAAAAAGCUAGGUCAGCAAAACCAAGCCCAGAGCACUGCUCCUGACUACAACAAAGGCUGGGGCCAGACAGCUGCUCCCGGGUCCCAGCAGACCUCUAAUCCUGACUACAACGCCUGGUUUGACUUCUACAGACAGCCGAUGGCUUACUUCAACCAGGGUGCACAGCAGACACAAGCUUCAGGCCUUCAGGAUCAUUAGAGAUGACGCCACAGGUUAGAGACUUGAAUCACUGAGAGGAUGAAAAAACCCUUUUUUAACAAGAGGGGGGGUUCAAGAUUUGCAACGCCUUGAAGACUUAUUUUCUUAGUGAGAAACACUAGCUGUAGAAUGACUUAUAUGAUAAAGUAAUAUUUCUAAAAUCAGGAACAUUUAUUUGUUACUAAAUGCUAAUGUACACUGUUAUUUUGAAUAGACGGUAUCUGGGAUCCCUUUUUGGACUUGAGCGAGCUGUUUUCUUUUUGUUUUUCUAUAUUUUUCCUGUCUUUGACUCAGAUUGUAUCGCCAAAAUGAACCCAAGAGUUGUAACAUUUCAAAAGGCAAUAUGGUCUAUUUUCUUUUUUUUCUUCUUUUCCUUGCUAUUCUUUUUUUUUUCUUCCUAGUUCUGUUGAAAUGAAACCAUGAUUGUGUGCUUAGCAGUCUUGAAUAAGCGUUUUGUCCCGUGUCAUAAGAUGUUUAAAGAGUGUGUUCUUUUUUCCUUACACGAUUCAGUGAAAUAAAACUGUGAUGUUUUGUUACAGGAAAUGUUAUUUUUGUUACAAGGUUUAAAAAGAGGAUUAAUGUCAGCCAGUGGCAAUAGUUCUAACUUAAUUCCUGUUGUGCAUUGUAUGCUGUUUUUCAUUGUCAUUUUAUUGUAUUCUGGUUUAAAAAGAAAAAAAAGGUGCAAUAUCUUAUUUCACUUUUGAAACAAAGAUGGGUUCUCUAAUAUUUUGACAAGACUUUUAACUUUGUAGUUUUAAGAUGUUUUUUUGUUUUUUUUUCAAAUGGAAAUGUCAUGGAUAAUUUAUUACAUUGAUCUGAUGAGAUUUAGGGGGAUGUUGCAAAUAGCUUUUUUGCCUUUGCCUUGUAAAACUAUGUAUAUAUGCGCAUAUUUGACUGUUAAUUUAAAAUAUAUGUUUCAUAUAUAUAUACUUAUAUAAAAAGAUAUUUUUUUCCUGUGAUCAGUGUUGCAGGAAAAUUGUCCCUCCUUUUUCUGUUCUGUUUUCAUACUGAAAAUGUUUAAAAAAAAAGACAAAAAUGUGAAUGUGUAAUUUGAAAUUUGAUGUUGCAUCUUGUUAUGAAGACAAAUAAGACGUGGUAGAUUUUUGUGUAUGUUGUGUAACUGAACUAUUCAAGACUGCUAAGCUACCGUACUUCUACCUGUGUGAUGAUUAAUUAAUGUAGUAUUUUUAUGUUUUAAGUAUUAUAAUCAGAAAGAAAAAAAAAACCUCUUAUUUGGUACCUCCCAGUUCACUAACACCCUGCUGUGUCCUCGCUGUGGACUCAGCGGGGCGUUGGACUCAGUCCAAUGCUAAUAAUUUUUUUAAUUAAUUUUUUUAUUUGUUUGUGUGAUCUAAUAUAAAUGAUUAUAAAUGAUGCAUUGUUAUGGAAAAAAUGAUUCUGGUAUUAACGUAAUUUCUUCAUGAAAAGGGAUAUAAUUUCAAAAUGUCUAAUAAUUAUGGUGUUUUUUUUGUUUUUUUUUUCCUUUAUAUGUACAGUUAACCAUGUAUUAAAAACAUCCAGACUACCUUUAUUGUGGACUGUUAAGCUGAUUUUUCUGUUUGAAUACGCUAAACAUUUGAAUCUGUCUUCUGUUGUAUUCCGAUGCGAAGUGUUGAAUAUUCUUAAUUUCACGUUGGACGCUUUUGUGAAAGCACUACUCUGUGUUUGUGUAUAUACAGUAUAUACAAAUGAUAACGUAAAAGAUUCAUACAUAGACUAACUGUGUUUUCAUGUUUUAUAAACAGGAAAUUAUAUAUUUUCUAUAGUCUUUACUGCCAGUUCUCAUAUUCAAAUAAAUUUUCCGCAAGCAGC